AUGUGCCACAAAACCCAAACAGUGAGCACAGCUGCUAGCGACGGGACCAUAGUAAAGAAAGAGGCGCAGGCCCAGCGUUAGUUAAAUUGUCCUGUUACAGUUUUGUGGUGGCAUCGGGACUUUUUGUGACGUCGUUGUCGCAUCUGUUGUAACUUAAGUCGAGUGGGGUUGUCUCAUGGUGUUACUAAAAACUGACAGAAAGUAGAGUGAAGAGGUUGGUUUAAUGUGCGUGGCAUCAAGACAAGAGGCACCAUGAGUGCGGAGCUGGAUGCACUGGCCGUGGUGAACCAGCUGCGAGAUCUUGCUGCAGACCCCCUGAACCGAAGAGCCAUAGUAGAAGACCAAGGCUGUCUGCCAGGUCUCAUCCUUUUUUUGGACCACCCCAACCCACAGGUCGUCUACUCUGCACUAUUGGCCGUGCGCUACCUGGCAGAAUGUCGAGCCAACAGGGAGAAGAUGAAGGGCGAGCUGGGCAUGAUGCUGAGUUUGCAGAAUGUCAUGCAGAAGAGUACGUCACCCGGGGAGACCAAACUGCUGGCCUCUGAGAUCUAUGAGAUCUUGCAGUUAGCUGGUAAAGAACAGGCCGAGCAGGCCGAGGCAGCGGCUGCCUCCUGCCAGCGUAAAGCCCAGUUCUUCCUGGGCUCCAACAACAAGAGGGCCAAAACUGUGGUGCUGCACAUUGAUGGACUGGAUGAUCCUACUCGAAGGAGCCUUUGUGAGGAGGCGUUGCUGAAGAUUCGAGGGGUCAUCAGCUUCACCUUCCAGAUGGCUGUCAAGAGAUGUGUUGUCAGGAUCCGCUCUGACCUUAAAGCUGAGGCGUUGGGCACAGCAAUCAACUCCACCAAAGUAAUGAAGGCGCAGCAGGUGGUGAAGACUGACGAUGGAGGAGAGCUGAUUUUGCCAUUCCAGGAGGGCUCCGUGGUGCCGGUAGAGGAGAACACCGACAUCCCAGACUACCUGCCCGAGGAGGAGAGUCCGUCCCAGGAGCAGGACAAAGCCGUCACGCGCGUAGGCUCCAUCACAGACGGCAUGGGCUGGCUCAGCACGGCUGCCAACUUCCUGACACGCUCCUUUUACUGGUGACCACUUCCUGUGUUUCUCUCUCUCUCUCUCUCUGCUCCCUGUCUCCUCUAAAGUACCAUCCAGCUGCAGCCUUAGCGUCUCUCAGCCUCGCCCCGGACUAAGCCCUGCCUCACGGCCCUACACUAGUCUAGACUCCCCCCUCUCUCUCCGCUAAGCACACAGAAGCCGGCCACAUGUGUGCGACAAGUGCUGGACUGCCAAGUGGAACCUGCAAUAACUUAAACUUGUGUAUAUACUGAGCUACAAAUCCCACUACUGGCUAUAUGUGCACAACUAUAUACUAGCUGCAUAUGUAUCUCACAAGACAUAGCCAGAGGACUUCAAAUCAGCCGAAACCAAAUAGCAUUCUGGAAAUGUGUAUGGCUGCGUUGACAGAGUUGAAAUGUGGCAGGCGUAUUUAAUUAUUCUGAGGCUGAUUUUGAUUACGUUGAAAGUUCCUUUUUUUGUGCAUGAUUUUUGGUUGCUUCCUCAAAUUGUCCUCUUUACGAUACAUUAUUUCCAUCUUUAAUUUUCUAAUUAAUUUUGUCUUCCCCCUUCAGUUUUAUUAGCAUGCUACGAGUCUUUUGUGCCAAUCUUGCCUGAUGCCUAGAUCUGUGACUAUUGUGUGUGCCUUUUUUGACAUUUUACUUUAAUAUUUUUCCAUCAGUCAUUCAAAUAAUUUAAGAGCUCCGAGCAUGUCAGAUGUAACGCUCCCAGGUGGCCCUUAGCAGCAGCAGCCAGCCUCCCAUAGCUUGUAGCUGACUGAGGUACGUCUCUAUAGUAGAAAUAGAAAACUAGACACCAGCAAGAGGCCGCAGCCCAUUCAGCCACUGGCCCACAUGCAUUAUACUGUUGCAUCCUGAAAGAAGAACUCCUUAGCUGAUCAAUAUAACACCCUUCCCUGCGUUUAGCUGGACUCAUAGACAUGUUUCUAUGGCUGGACUCCUCUGAUGAUGCUAUAAUGCAGGAAUAAAAACCCAAUGUGAGCUUGCAGAAGCUGUGAGUUGACUGACAGCUCCUUGUGUUACUUGCACAGACUUUAGGCUACCUCUGCUUUCAGCCCUCUAUCUCACAUCAGCGUUACAGUCUUCUGUAGUUUUAGUAAAACUCUUACUCAGCAUGUGGAAGACAAACCUGUUAGCCGCCUGCUUGUCAAACGUUUCCCCGUGUUACCCAGACUCCCACUGGACAUCUUUUUUUUUUUUUUUUUAACAGUAUUGUAGCCUCACCUGUUUAGUUCAGUUUUCAGUUUAGCCAGCAGUGUCCUUAAAGCAAAGAUCAUGUUGGUGCACGCUCACACACACAAACACACACACACACACACACACACACAUAUACAGUACAGAGGACUCACUAAUGCUGUCACAUGAGCAGUAGUGGGAUACUGGAACAAGGGUGUGGUUAUGUACAUUUUGUAUAUGGUGCCUGAUUCCCUAAAAUCUCAGACCUUACAUGUGAAGGAAAAUUUUGUUUUUGUAAUACUCAUUUGCAUUUUAUGUCACAAAAUAGGAUAACAGCAGCUAAUGCUAACGCUCUUAGCUCCUUUUCUUUAGUCUUUACAACCCGUGACUCACACCAGGUUUAAUUAUUAUCUCCUCUGACUUGUGUGAGUGUCAUUAAUGAUUAUUAUAUACAGUGCUGACCGGGCGACUUUUAUUGUUCUGAUGGUGCAGAGAUGUCACAGUUGGUUGAGGUCAAACGGAUAGGGGAAUGGCACAGAACGACCUGAGUAAUCUGAAUUGACGGUGGCUAUUCUCUGGAAAAAGCAAUAAUAAUGUUUUGCAUUAAGUGUAGUCAUCAUAGAUCAGCCUUUAAAAUAAUGUUUUUGAAUAAAAGUUAUUAGUUAAAAGUCAGGAUUCUCGUCAGUAUUAAAAUUUCUUCUUUAUUUGUCCGUUUUUGCACAGAUUUAAUCUCUAAAUUGCAUCUUGUAAUUUCAUUUUUAAUAUUUGGUGACAGCUCAUACUGCAGAGAAAUACUUGAACAUUGUUUCUUAGAACUGUUCUUAUGUGUUGAUUCAAUUGUAAAUUACCCACCGCUGUUAGAUUAACCACAUCUGUAAGGACGACAUACCACAAAGUAAGUCCUCAAAAAUUUAACUUUAUGUGUACAGACUUCAUGUGUCUGUCAUCAGAUGUAAUAUAAUGUAACGCAGAUGUUAAAGCUGUAGAUUCCCUUACACUGUUAAUGCAAACGAUGAUAAACUUAAAAUCAAAAUGUG